CUAAGGAAUUCCGCAAGGACAGGGAGGGAUCCAAAAAAAGGAAGCGGGUGCUGUUGUCGUUCCAGUGAUUAAAUGACCACUGUCUUGAAAGAGCGUGGGUGAGGGGCUGGUGAGUGCAGGGAGUUUCCGAGGGCUGAGUGAAGAGGUGUCUCUGAUGUCCAUGAAGAACAAUCGGAUCUCUGCCCCUUUCCCAGAAGAACCAGAAAUGACCAAGUCCCUGGGAUCAGUGUCUUUCAAGGAUGUAACUGUAGACUUCAGCAGGGAGGAGUGGCAACAGUUGGACCUUGCUCAGAAAAGUCUAUACAGGGAUGUAAUGCUGGAAAACUAUUUCAACUUGAUCUCAGUGGGGUGUCAAGUUCCCAAACCAGAAGUCAUUUUCAACUUGGAGCGGGGAGAACAGCCAUGUAUGUUGGAUGGUGAAAUCUCAAGCCAGAGCUAUCUAGAUCAAGGUAUUGGUUUUGAAACAUCACAACAGGGAAUGUCUGAAGAAGUUUCAAUCCAGUUUGAGAGAAUUAAUCUCUUCACAAGAGAUGACCUGUAUUCCAUUUUAGAAGAAUGGUGGCAAGAUGAUGAACAGACAGGGAGAUGUGAGGAAAACCAGAACAAACAUUUAAGUCAUGUUGCCUUCAUCAACAAGGAUACACUAGCUAAUGAGGGAGACUGUGAAUAUAAUAAAGACAUUAGGAAAAUGUUUCGUGUAAACACAUACCUUGUUCCUUCAAGAAAAAGACUCCAUAACUGUGACUCAUUUCAAAAGAGUUUGAAGCCUAUUGUAAGCCUAUGUAAUUAUAAUAGAAACAAUGUAACAGAAAAUUUUGAUAAGAUUAUUGGAUAUGGUAAUAUCUUUACUCAUAUGAAUUCUCAUACAGAAAUGAAUGCUUGUGGAUAUAAUCAAUGUAAGAAACUUCUGAGUCAUAAGCAAACUCUCAUUCAACAUCAAAAAUUUCAUGGGGAGAACCUCUAUUUAUUUUCUGAUUGUGUAAAACUUUCCACCCAUAAGUCACACCUUUUUGCACAUCAAAGGAUUUAUACUGAAGAGAAACAUCAUGAGUGCAGCAAAUGUGAAACAGUCUUCACUCGGAAGUCCCAAUUUGCUGUACCUCAGGUUUAUACAAGAGAGAAACCUUAUAUAUGCACUGAAUAUGGGAAGGACUUUUCCCUCAACUCAAACCAUGAGAAAACUCCUCACACUGAGGAGACUGAUUGUAAAUUCAGUCCACAUGGAAAAGCCUUUAUCCAGAAGUCAGAUCUGUUCAGACACCAGAGAAUUCAUCCUGGAGGGAAAAAAACCUAUAAUUAUAAUGAAUGUGGGAAAAAUGUCUCUCAGAAUUCAAACCUCAAUAUACAUAAGAAAGUUCAUACUGGUGAGAAACACUUUGAAUGUACUGAAUGUGGAAAAGCUUUCACAAGGAAAUCAACACUAAGUAUGCAUCAGAAAAUUCAUACAGGAGAAAAACCCUAUGUAUGUACUGAAUGUGGGAAAGCCUUUAUCCGGAAGUCACAUUUUAUUACACAUGAGAGAAUUCAUACCGGAGAGAAACCUUAUGAAUGCAGUGACUGUGGGAAGUCCUUUAUAAAGAAGUCACAGCUCCAUGUGCACCAGCGAAUUCACACAGGGGAGAAUCCCUUUAUAUGUUCAGAAUGUGGGAAGGUCUUCACCCACAAGACAAAUCUCAUUAUACACCAGAAAAUUCAUACUGGUGAGAGACCCUAUAUAUGUACUGAAUGUGAGAAGGCCUUUACUGACAGGUCAAAUCUCAUUAAACACCAAAAAAUUCAUACUGGAGAGAAACCCUAUAAAUGCAGUGACUGUGGAAAAUCAUUCACCUGGAAGUCACGGCUCAGGAUACAUCAGAAAUGUCAUACUGGAGAGAGACAUUAUGAAUGCAGUGAAUGUGGGAAAGCAUUUAUUCAGAAGUCAACACUGAGUAUGCACCAGAGAAUUCAUAAAGGAGAAAAACCCUAUGUUUGCACUGAAUGUGGGAAGGCCUUCUUCCAUAAGUCACAUUUUAUUACACAUGAGAGAAUUCAUACUGGAGAGAAACCUUACGAAUGCAGUGAUUGUGGGAAAUCCUUCACGAAGAAGUCACAGCUUCAUGUACAUCAGCAAAUUCACACAGGAGAGAAACCCUACAGAUGUGCUGAAUGUGGAAAGGCUUUUACUGACAGAUCAAAUCUCUUUACACACCAGAAAAUUCAUACUGGUGAGAAACCCUAUAAAUGUAAUGACUGUGGAAAAGCUUUCACUCGGAAAUCAGGCCUCCAUAUACAUCAGCAGUCUCAUACUGGAGAAAGACAUUAUGAGUGCAGUGAAUGUGGGAAAGCCUUUGCAAGAAAAUCAACACUAAUUAUGCAUCAGAGAAUUCAUACAGGAGAGAAACCUUAUAUUUGUACUGAAUGUGGGAAGUCCUUCAUCCAGAAGUCACACUUAAAUCGACAUUGGAGAAUUCAUACUGGAGAGAAGCCCUAUGAAUGCAGUGACUGUGGGAAGGCCUUUAUUAAGAAGACACAACUCCUUGAACACCAUCGAAUUCACACAGGAGAGAAACCAUAUAUGUGUGCUGAAUGUGGAAAGGCCUUCACAAUCAGAUCAAAUCUUAUUAAACACCAGAAAAUUCAUACUAAACAGAAACCCUAUAAAUGUAGUGACUUUAGGAAAGCCUUCAACUGGAAAGUACAACUCAGUAUACAUCAGAAAUCUGAUACUGGGGAAGUAGAAUGCUCAGUGCCACACUCAUGGUGUGGGGAUAAAAGUUUUGAGGAGCUAUAGCUUGACUAAGAAGCAAGAGGUAACCAAAGUUACUUUAUCUAGUCAGAAGUAUGAAUAUCUGGAUCUCAUAGCUGACGUCCAGUUUUAUACAUAUGGGGAGACACUCUGGAGAAAGUGUUUAAGCAGUGCUUAAUGGCCAUGCUUGGUUACUUGGGAUUGUCAAGCCCCUGCAAAUAAUAGUACAUUUGGAAGGAGAUAACUUGGCAAUCUUUCUUGUUUCACAUUUUGGAUAAGGAGCUUUAUAAAUCAGGGCUGUUGAGUUUUUCAUGCCCUGCAUAGCAAAAAUAUUCAAUGUUGACCAAAGGAAUUUCUUAAGGAACAGUGUUCUAAGAAAAAUUUUCAUUGUCCAAGCACCCUAAGGACACUGAAAUCAAGGCAACAGUAUAGACAAUUCAGGUCUAUAAUGAAGAAAAGCUAGACGUUUUUGUGAAAAUUGACAUUAAACGCACAAAGAAGAACUCUACUUUUUUUCCUUUGGGAAGUCAGUAUUAUUUAUUGUUUAUAAUGUUUACUAGUGUGUGGAAAUUUGGAUUCGUAAAUUUAAAAUUAACAAUUUGACUUUGAGAUUGGCAAAUCAGAACCACAGACUUACCUGAAUAUUCACAGGCAUCUUUAGGUAACCAAUGUGUUCCCUCAUUUACUAAUUCCCUGCCAUGGCAGCAGGUAACUCAUGGCCAAGAGGUAUAAAGUGCUCCCAGCCUGUAUCCCAAAAGUGAUCAAUGAUGUAAGCAGCACCCCAUAGACUACCUGUCACACUAGAACUAGCCCUGAGAUCAUGGAAUUUAGCUGCAGGUUACAGAUUUAGUACUCUGGAUUCUCAGCAUCUUUCACAGAAACCCCUACUUUUUACUGAUUUCUGUUUGAAAAAGAGACAAAUUAAGAAAAUGAGUUUUAAAACCUAGAAUUCUUUCCUUUGAAUUUCGUUAAUGCAUUCUCUACAUAUUUAUUAUUACAUACUAGGUUAUUAUGAGGCAAUUAUCUUGCAUUUGAGCUUGUAUUCUUAGAAGAUAGCUGCACAUUUGGAAGAGUACUAUUUCCUUUCAAUCUCUACAAAUUAAUCAAUUGUUUUCAAAUCCUCUAUAUUCUCAAAUUCUUAAUCCUCUAUAUUGUAUCAGAUACUAAAAGAAUGUGUGUACUAAUCUCCCAGAAUAAUUGUGAAUUUGUCUCUCUUUUAGAGCUACCAGUUUUUGUUUUAUAUAUUUUAAGUCUAUGUCUUUACAUAUAUUCAUAUUUAGAAUUGUUAUACUCUUUCUGGUUAGUUGAAACAAUCAUUAUAAAAUGUCUGUUUUUUAUCUCUGGUGGUGCUUUUUGUCUCAAAAUUUACUAUGUAAGAUAUUAAUACAAUAUGCAUACUUUACUUAUUAAAGGCUAAUGUAAAUGAGUACACCACUUUCUGUAUAAGGUGAAGAGUUAGAACAUUAACUUUAUUUCCUUCUUGACUUGUAUUGGUAGCAUGCAUUUUAAUUCUGAAUGUAGUUGAAACACUCAAUCAUUACUGUUUCAGAGUCAAUAUGCAUUUAAAUUAAUCCAUAUAUUUACCCUUUUUGUUACUUUUUUCCCUUCUUCUUCUUGAAUUUUCCUUCUAGAAUCUUUUUUUUUUUUCUGACUGAAGGACACCUUUUAGUAUUUCUUUUAGUGUAUGUUUGCUAGUGACAAAUUGUUUUCAUUUGUUGGAAAAUGUCUUAAUUUUGCCUUCAUUUUUAAAGGAUGUUUUUACUGAGUAUAGAAUUCUAAGUUGGCAGUUAUUUUCUAUUAGUAUUUUGAGAUAUUUUGUUUUGAUUUGUAUUUCAUUGUUUUGUUGAAAAGUAAGCUUUCAAUCCAGUUACCUUUGAAGGUUAUGUUUUUUUUUAAUUAUUCUUUUCUCUCACUCCUUUAAAAUCUAUGUCUUUGUCUUAGGCUGUCAACAGUUGGACAGUGAUAUGCUUAGGUAUGAUAUUCUAUGUAUUUAUCCUGCUUGGGGUUUGCAGUGUUUUUUAAAAUCUGGAGCUUAAUGGUUUUUUUCUUUGGGUUUUUUCCUCUUUUUUUGCACAUUUGGGGAAAUUUCUAGCUAUUAUUUAUUCAAAUUAUGCAUUUACUUCAUUAUGUUCCUCUUCUUCUCCUAGUGAUGACCCCAUUGUCUAGAUAGUAUUUUUCUGUUGACUAUUGUUUCUCUUGGGUUUUGGUGAUGUCUUGUCUUCUCAUAUACCUGGUGAUUUUAAGUGAACUGCUUAGACAUUAUAUAUUAAAAAUUGUAGAUAUGAUUAGAUGGCCUGGAUAUCUUUCAGAGAGGAUUUCCUUUGCUUCUAACAGGUGACCAGCCUAGGAACAUGAGCAAUCCCUGAUUGCCUUCAUCCAAUCAUGUACUGAGAUUAUUCGAAACUGGGCUGCAGUCCCUGUGAGGGCUUGUCUAUUUUUUUUCACUCUUAUUCUUAGGGGAUACCCUCAAGACUUAGGACUUUGGGAGAUUUAUCAGGAUGCUCCUCCUUAGAGGGAACUUAAUUCUACUAUUUGUCCCUUUAGUCCCAUAAGUUUGUCAAAAAACUGUCUUAAGUUUCUCUUGCUCAGUAUUUGCUUUAAGAAUUAGCAAACAACUCUUUUUAAUAAAUAGUUCCAAAUUCCAGAGGUUAUGUCUUUAAUCUUAUUCUUGCAGUUUCUAACUUCCUUGGUAGCUCUCCAGUGCUGUCACAAAGCUAAACGUUUUUAAUAUUUUCUUCCACCUUUUUUAGUUCUCAGAGGGAGUACUGGUACAGGCCACCUACAUUGCCAUUAACAGAAGUUUUUAAUUCACUGAGAUAGCUGUUGCUACUUAAGGAAUGCAGAGUCCAGAAAUAUAUGUUUUUAAUUACCAAAACUCUCCAAACUUUCCAAAAUAUGAAAGUGCUCUGAUUUGCAACAUGACUUUAUUCCCAAUUUUUGCUGCUAAAAGUUAAGGCAUUCACUCUUUUGUUAAACACUUUAUAAACUUUGAUACAUAUGAGAAAAGUACUUCUGGUGGUGUCAAAUUUUAUUACGGUAGCUGCCAAACUUUAGCAAAAGGAGGAGAUUGACUAAGAGCCUCUCAGAUUCUUUCUUUGAUAGUAUGCCCCCCCCCACCCACUGGAUAAUUAAUAGAAAGUUGUGUUAAUGAAAACUGGUGGCAAGAGCCCAUCAAUUUGAUUCUAAACUUUUUUUUUCUAUGUUGGGGGUAGGAGUUUAUUAAUUAAUUUAUUUAUUUUUGCUGUGUUGGGUCUUCGUUUCUGUGUGAGGGCUUUCUCUAGUUUUGGCAAGCGGGGGCCACUCUUCAUCACAGUGCUCGGGCCUCUCACUAUCGUGGCCUCUCUUGUUACGGAUCACAGGCUCCAGACGCGCAGGCUCAGUAGUUGUGGCUCACGGGGCUAGUUGCUCCGUGGCAUGUGGGAUCCUCCCAGACCAGGGCGCAAACCCAUGUCCCCUGCAUUAGCAGGGAGAUUCUCAACCACUGCGCCACCAGGGAAGCCCCUCAACUUUUUUAUUCUCAGGUAUAUUUUAAAAAAUACAAUUCUACAUUACCAAGCCAAAAAAAAAAAAAAGAUACUUUACCUUUCGUAAACACACAAUUAAUCUCUAGGAGAAAGGAAGAGUGUUUUGUGGGCCUCCAUGUAUCUCAAGGGAUACUUGGGAAUUGAUUGAGGAAUGGAUGAUGGAAAAUUAUCAGUGGAAUAUGAGAGCUAAAUCUUAAGUAGGUAAACCCCAAGGUCAGUAUAAAUUGAUUGGGGGAAAUGUGGAGUAUAGACUUGACUUGGGAAAGUAGUGUGAGUUAGCCAUAUCUUUUUUUUUUUUUUAACGUCUUUAUUGGAGUAUAAUUGUUUACAAUGGUGUGUUAGUUUCUGCUAUAUAACAAAGUGAAUCAGCUAUACAUAUACAUAUAUCCCCAUAUCUCCUCUCUUGCCUCUCCCUCCCCACUCCCUAUCCCACUCCUCUAGGUGGACACAAAGCACUGAGCCGAUCUCCCUGUGCUAUGUGGCUGCUUUCCACUAGCUAUUUUACAUUUGGUAGUGUAUAUAUGUCCACGCCACUCUCUCACUUCAUCCCAGCUUACCCUUCCUUCCCCCUCCUCAUGUCUUCAAGUCCAUUCUCCACAGCUGUAUCUUUUUAUGACAGCACUAUAAUACAGUUCACUUGUAUUUACAGCAAAACUAUUUUAAGGCAGUUUUACAAUAGAAAUUUUUAAAUUAAAAAUACACUUUAUAUUAAUUUUUCAAAAAGGAAUCUUGUUCUGUGAAUUCAGUAAAUGUAAGAAAAUGGUCACUUGGACCAGUAUUUAAUUAUACAUCAGGUAAUUCGUAGGGGAGAGUACUUUGAUUAAACGUGGGUAGGGCUGCAUUCACAAAUCAUACUUCAUUACAGAAAUUCAUUUUGGAGAGAAAAACCUAUAAAAGCAGUGACUAAAAAACACUACACCUGGAAGUUAUCAGAAAAUUUCUGCUAGAGGAAGACAAAUGCACUAAAUAUGGGAAUAGCUUCAUUCAGAAAUCAGUUUUCAGUAUUCUGUAUUAUACACAAGUAAAAUUGUGUAUUUCUUAAAAGUGAGAAAGUAUUCUUACACAAGUCAGAAUUAUAAAUUAUUAAUUACAAGUUAUUCAUACUACAGAGAGGCCCUAUGAUAUUGUAUAUUGUAUGUUAUAUGUCAAAAAGUCUUUGUCCAUGAGUUACACCUUACUGGACAUCAGAUAAAUAAUUGAGAAAAAUAAGUCUUCUAAGAAUACAUCAUUUUCUUAAAAUGUCACCAAAUUCAUAGUGGGAGGAAACUAUAUAUUUGAUACAGUGGAAGAAGCCUUCCUAUAGAAGCAAAUUCCUCAAGAAAUAUGAUUCAUCUUGUUUAUUGCUUUAAUUUCAUGCCCAUGUCUCUAGAACCAGUGGGGACAAAUAGGUCAGUCGAAAAAUCUCCUUUCUUUUCUUUAAAAAAAAUAUUUAAAGACACACAUGUGCACACACAUAAAACUUUGUAUAAAUGUGACGUAAUAUAUUUUAUCUCUUGAAUUUUGUACUUUCUCCAUUCUCAGCAACUCCAGACAUCAACAGUCUGUCAACAGAUAAGCAAUGCUGAUGAACUUCUUUUAUUUUUCUUUAUACUCAUAACCAUAUGUGGACACAUUAAUAUGUUAUCUGUGCACACAUAUAUGAGUGUGUGUUUCAAUUGUCUUAAUAUGGGAUUAUACACACAUUUUUGCAUCUUUUGCACUCAACAGUACUUUAACCAGCUGAAGACUCCAUGGUGUGGAAUGCCAUAAUUUGUUCAACCACUUUGCCACUGUUUAUUGACAUUUUUGUCACUAGGAAAAAUGAUCUGAUAAACAUCUUCCAGAGCUGACAUAGCAUAAUAGGUUAGUGGACAAGCAUAAUCAUGCCCUUACCUACUGGAGCUUUUUUUCCCCCCUGUAAGAGUGAGAUUGAUGGAUUGAAUUGUGUUUUCUUAUUUUAAUAGAUGUUGCCAGAUUUCUCUAGAAUAAGACUAACAUUUCAUAUUUCUAACAUUAGUAUAAAAAUAUGCCCUUCCCCUGUAUUACAAGUAGCUGUUACUCUUUAACCUUGAGGAAUUUUAUUAUUUCAAAGUGAUAACUAGUUUUAUUUUAAUUGACGUUAAUAUACCUCUUUAAAAGUUCCUUCGCCACUUUGCUAAUCUGCAAAGUUGCCUUUAUAAACCAUCCUAAAUUUUUCUUUUUGGAUUGUCUUGUCAAUUUGUAACAGCUUUUUAUGUUCUAAAGGUAGUAACUCCUUUAAAAAAAUAGCCUAUUGUUUGUCUCUUGACUUUGUAUAUGAUAUUUUCCCAUUCACAUUUUGUUUUUUACUUUUUUUUUUGCGGUACGCUGGCCUCUCACUGUUGUGGCUUCUCCUGUUGUGGAGCACAGGCUCCGGACACACAGGCUCAGUGGCCAUAGCUCACAGGCCCAGCCGCUCCACGGCAUGUGGGAUCCUCCUGGACCGGGGCACGAACCCGUGUCCCCUGCAUCAGCAGGCGGACUCUCAACCACUGCGCCACCAGGGAAGCCCUUUUUACAUGUUUAAAUGUGCCCAUCAAUUCUUCCGCAGCUUCUGAAUUUCUAGUCUUAGUUAAUCUUCACAUAUUAUAAGAUUUUUAGAUGUUUGUGGGGUUUUUUGUAUACUUUGUAUAUCUUUUUUCUUGGAUAUGGAUAGUCACUUUCACAGUUGUAGACACUGUUGGUUUGCUGAGCAAUUCCAAUACUCCUCUCUCACUGCUUACUCCAUUAGCACCUUUUGAAGCUUGUAGUGGCCAAGUGAACUGACUCAGGCCAGGAGAAGCAAAACACUGGUAGUUCUGGGAAAACCUUUGCUUUCCUAAAGAAAAGGACAGACUUAGCUACUGUCAUCAAUUUAUGCUUUCUUCCUUUUACAUGAUGCCUGGGGCAGAGGCAACAUUUUCUCAACCAUAGGGGAGAGGCCAAAAGAAUCAGAGACAUGUCCUGACAUAUUUAAUCAACACUAGCAGCAAGUUACCUCCUGGCUUUUGCUAUGUGAUAAAAAUAGACAUGCUUUAUAUAAACCAUUCUAUUUUAGAUUUCUCUUGCAUGGGAAAGUAUGCCUGAAUUUAUUCAGACACCAAAUUUAUAAAGUAGUCCAUCUUUUCUCUAUUAAAAUAAAUAGAAAAGAUUUUUUAAAACCCCAGUAAACUAGAUACCCCACAGAAACCGAAAUGAAGUAGACAGAUAGCAAAAUUAAACAAGAUGUGUAAUGAGUAAAAACAACCACAGAUACUGGGUCAAUCAAUAGGACCAGAAGAGAAUACUACCAAGAGCAAAUGAUUUCCUAGCAAGACAUAAUUGAUCAAAAUUGAAAAAGAAAAAACUGAAAACAGUCAACAAUCAUAAAAAAUUGUAAAUGUCAUUAUAGAGCAACCAUUUAAAAUGUACCGGGACCAUAGGAAAAUACUUCUUAGAUUGGACACACAAAUAAUGAACUAUAAAAGAAAAAAUGUUAAGUUUGACUUUUCAGAAUUAAAAACUUGUCCUUUGAAAGGCACUGUUAAGAAAAUGAAAUGGCAAGAUACAGAAUGGGAGAGAAUAUUUGCAGUAGACAUCUGACAAAAGAUUUGUAUUCUGAAAAUAUAAAGAAAUUUACAACCCAAUUGUAAAAAGCCAGAUAACCGCCCCCCGCAAAGUGGCAACAAAUUCAAAUAGAGAUCAUACAUGAAAAAAAGAUAUGAAAUAGCCAAUAAGAACAAGAAAGGAUUUUCAACGUUAGCCAUCAGGGAAAUACAAAUUAAAAUCACGAGACACAUCUAUACACUCAUUAAAAAAACACUAAAAAGGAUUGACAUCAUGUGUUGAAAGGUGUGAAGCAACUGGAACUCAUACAUGGCAAAUGGGAAUAUAAAAUGACACAAACACUGUAAAAUAGUUUGGCAAAUUCUUAACAGUUAAACAUACAACUACUAUACAACACAGCCACCACAUUCCUAUAUUUAAUCCAAGAGAAAUAAAAACUUAUGUCCAUACAAAGACUUGUACAUGAAUGUUGAUAUCAGUUUUAUUAAUAAUAGCUUCAAACUGGAAAUAACCCAUAUGUCCAUCAUCAAGUGAAUGGAUAGUCAAAAUGUGGUGUGUUCAUAAAUGAAUACUACAAUACUAUUCAGCAAUGAAAAGGAAUGGACUACUGAUAUAUGUAACAACAUAAAUGAAUUUCAAAGUCAUUCUGAGUAAAAGAAGCAGACACAAACGAGUAUUAUAUACUGAAUGGUUGCAUUUAUAUGAAAUUCUAGAAAUGAAAACUAAUAUACAGUGAAGUGACAAAAAUCACAUCAGUGGUUGCCUGGGGCUAGGGGCAGAGGGAGGGAUGACCAGAAAAUGGGUACAAGGAACAUUUUGGGGGUGAUGAAAAUGUUCUGUAUUUUUAUUGUGUUGGUGUAUGCAACUGUCAAAAUGCAUUGAAUUCAACACAAUGGGUGCAGUUUAUUGUAUGUAAAUUAUAUCA